AUCUUUAUAUGGCUUGAAACAAUCCGGGCGUAUGUGGUAUAAUUGUUUGAGCGAACAAUUAUUAAAAAGGGGAUACUUAAAUGAUCAAAUAUGUCCGUGUGUCUUUAUAAAGAAAUCACAUAAUGGAGUUGUGAUAAUAGCUGUCUAUGUUGAUGACCUUAAUAUUAUUGGGACAUCAAAUGAAAUACAAGAAGCAGUUCCAUUUUUGAAAGGCGAAUUUGAAAUGAAAGAUCUCGGAAAAACCAAAUAUUGCCUUGGCUUACAGAUAGAGAGAGUACAAAAUGGGAUAUUUGUCCAUCAAUCUAACUAUACUAGAAGAGUACUGAAACGUUUUAAUAUGGACAAAGCUAAUCCCUUUAGUACUCCGAUGGUUAACCGGACAUUGGAUGUUGAAAAUGAUCCAUUUCGACCAUGUGAAGAAAAUGAAGAAGUACUUGGUCCUGAGAUACCAUAUAUGAGUGCAAUAGGGGCUCUUAUGUAUCUUGCUAAUUGCACCAGACCAGAUAUAUCUUUUGCUACCAAGUUAUUAGCAAGAUAUAACUCGUCACCUACGAGGAGACACUGGAAUGGAAUCAAGCAUAUAUUCCGUUAUCUCCAAGGAACAAUCGAUCUGGGGGUAAUGUCUAAGAAAUCCAAAAAAGCUGAAGUUAUUAAGGAAAGUUCAGUUGUUAGAGACUUGGAGUCAGAUUAUGAAAAUUCUGAUGGUUCAGUGAACACUGAUUCACCUAUUUCUGAACAUGGACAUGUUGAAGAUGAUUCUGCUGGGGUGUGUAGUUCUAAGAAAAAGUUAGUAGUGUAUGACCCUAAGUGUGAUCACAGUACUUUACAGUUUGUGUUGGGUAUGAGGUUUGACAGUGUAAUGCAGUUGAAAAGUGCAAUCCAAAAAAGUGCCAUUCACAAUGGGUGUAACAUUCAAUUCAUGAGAACCAGUCAAAAGCAAGUUGAAGCAAGAUGUAUUGAUAGUUGUCCAUGGAGAUUAUAUGGAAGUUUGGUACAAUCUGAGGGUAGAGUUGCCAUCAAAAGAUUGGUGUCAGAGCAUCAAUGCUUUAGGGACAUUAGGACCAGACAAGCAACUUCUCAGUGGGUAGCAAAUGAGUAUUUGGAAAAGUUCAGGAAACAACCUAGUAUAAAGGCCUCAGAUAUGCAGGACCUUAUUAUGGACAAGUUUGGAGUACAACCAUCCAAAUGGAAGUUGUACAGAGGGAAAUACAAAGCUCUUGAGAUUCUAAGAGGCUCUGAAUCAGAACAUUAUGGGUGCCUCAGAAACUAUAUUGCUGAGUUGCAGAGGGUGGAUAGAAAUGGGAGAUUUGAACUGUUAUUAGAAGAAGGACAUGUUUUCAAGGGUUUCUUUGUUGGCUUCAGUGCUUUGAGGGAAGGGUUUCUGCAAGGAUGUAAGCCAAUAAUUGGAUUUGAUGGUUGUUUUUUAAAGACAUUUCUGGGAGGUGUGUUGUUGUGUGCAAUUGGAAAAGAUGGGAACAACCAAAUAUAUCCUUUGGCUUGGGCUGUUGCUGACUCAGAGAAUGAAAACAACUGGAGGUGGUUCUUAACCAUAUUGUUUCAAGAGCUUAGAAUAGAGGAUGGUUUGGGUUGGACAUUCAUUAGUGACCAACAAAAG